AUGCAUGGUCGCGUUAAAGUUAGACACACUGAAGAACAAGAAAGGAGUAGACGAGAAGAACAGGAAAAACAACAGCAGGAAUACAAGUUGUCCACUGAUGGAAUUUUUGCACAAAGGUCCUCAGGGGACUAUGACGAAAGUUUGCUGACAAAAAUUGCAAAUGUGCUAGAAAAAACGCCGGAUAUUAUAACCUUGUGGAAUUAUAGACGUGAAAUUAUUCUUAAAUCUGUGGAAAUUUUACCUCGUGAUAGUUCAAAGGAACUUUUUUCAAAAGAGUUGGAGUUGACGUCACGAUGUCUUCUUUCAAACCCCAAGUCUUACGCUAGCUGGCAUUACCGCUCUUGGUUAAUGACAAACCAUCCAGAUCCUGAUUGGAAAGCUGAGUUAAAGACAUGUAAUAUGGCCCUUAAACUUGAUGAGCGAAACUUUCAUUGUUGGGAUUAUCGUCGUUUCAUAAUAUCAAAUGGAAAUAUUUCAGAGAGCGAGGAAAUAGCCUACAUUGACACCUGUUUGGAAAAUAAUUUUAGCAAUUUUUCUGCUUGGCAUUAUCGCACUGGACUUUUGGACUCAAGACCAUUCAUUAAUGUGCAAUCUAUGCCUAUAAGCCCUCCACCUAUGACACCCAAUGCUUUUCAUUCCCGAGGUUUCGAUGAUUCUUCUUUGUUGGAAAAAGAAUUAGACCUUGUGCAUAACGCCGUAUUUACUGAUCCUAAGGAUCAGAGUCCAUGGCUUUACUACGCUUGGCUACUUGGACAUGGUGAGAGAAAAUCUUAUCUUCGUGAUAUAUAUAUUUCACGUUGUCUUCGCCGUAUUAUCCUUGUGUUCACUUCUCCUAAACUUAUCAGCACUCUGAACGAAUUGCAGCUAGAGCUCACUGUUACUAUUCCAUCCGGCUCAGUUUUGUCAUUCAAGCCUGAUGAACUUGGUGGCUGGAAUUCGGUAAUGCCUUGUCAGGUUUCCGCAUUAUGGUGGUUGGAUAUAUCACACGAAGCGUUAUCUAUCCCUAGGCCAAGUAUCAUGCAACAGGAACCUUUGUUUGAGCCUAGUAUUCACGUUUCACUGUGUAUCAAGGACGUAGAUAACUUUGAUGAUGACGGCAUUGUCCUCGAGUGUUCUAUGAAUUCUCACAAGAAUGAAUCACUUACACAUGUCGAUCUUGAUCCACUACGGCUUUUUAAUCCCUCUAUAUCUCCUGUACACGAACCUUCUUCUUUAAAGGAUGAGCUUAAUACAGUCAGAGAACUUGUUAUACUUGAACCUGAGAACAAAUGGGCUUUAUUGAGCCUUGUGGCACUACUUCGUUAUGUAAACCCUCCAGAGUCAGACAUAGAAGUCAAACAAGCUCUUAAAACAUUGUCCCGUAUAGAUUCUCAGCGUAAACGAUACUAUGAGGAUCUUUCCAGCACUUAUGGCACUGAGGAUGCUAUUGUUAAAAAUCUAGAGUCGCAUUCUAGGCAUGUAAACCUAAGUAACUCUUCUCUGACUCGCUUUUAUUAUUUGGAUUGGUUUGCUCUGAUGACUCAUCUUGAUUUUUCGGGAAAUUCAAUUGACUGCCUUCCUGAUACUAUGCCAUACUUAGUCUGCCUCAAAAGUCUACAUCUUGACGAUAAUCGUCUUUCUUCACUUCUGGGCGUAGGCGGUCUCCCUUCUCUUCAACUACUCGCUGUCCGUCGUAAUAGCCUUGUAGACUUUGAUUCCAUAGAACCUGCUUUGCACUGCCCACAACUGCAGACUCUUGCAAUAGGUGGCAACAGGGUCGCAGAUCUACCCAACCUCACGGACAAGCUGGCUGAACAUCCAAAUAUGCGACAUGAAUCACAUACACUUAGUAUUACUUAUGACUGGUCAGAAGAUUGA